UGCAAUUUCAUUAUCGCACGCUAUUGGACCGGCCCGACCAGUUACUGUGACACGACCGUCUAUAAAAUAAGAACCGUGUGGAGGCUCGUGCAUCAGUCACUACCUCCUACGACAGGAACACGUACGACUUCCACUCUUAUAGCGCAGCUAUGUCUUACCAGAUGAACCAACCCAAACCCUUCACCAUGACCACCAUGACCAGCCUGAACAACCAGUGGAGCUCGGACAUCUGCGACUGCUUCGACGACCUGCCACAAUGUUGUUUUGCCUUCUGGUGCCUUCCGUGUUUCACGUGUAAAACGUCGCACGACGCCGGUGAGUGUCUUUGUUUGCCGUUGCUGGAUGCCUUUGGGAUCAUCCCGCCCAUGACCACCGCCCUUCGGGUGUCCGUACGCCAACGCUACGGCAUUCAGGGUACAGUUUGCAGCGAUUGCAUCUACGCUUGCUGCUGCGGCCCGUGCACCUGGUGCCAAAUCUCCCGCGAAAUCCAAGUCAGAAAAAACCCUAUCACGUUCGUCAACAUGGCACCUUGAAAAAAAUGCCCGAGGUCUUCAUCCCUUGCGUCAUCGCUCGAGCCGUGAGCACAUUCUGGGACUUUGUGUUUUAUCUAUAUCUGAUUGGGUCCGAGUACGUCGCCACUCUUGGAAUGUCACCUAACAGCUGAUUGAACUUUAGGAUAUACGUCACGUCACUUAGAAUAAAUCUGGAGACCUGACCUAUGUCACGUCGUUGAA